AUGGCCACACAACAAGCGAAAAUAUUGUGUUGUGGUGAUGUGAAUGGAAAUUUUGUAGAACUCAUCAAGAAAAUAUCAACAACCGAAAAAAAGAAUGGCCCAUUCGAUUCACUAUUUUGUGUUGGCGAGUUUUUCGGCGACGAUGACGAUUCAAAUGAGAAAGUUAUCAAUGGAAAUAUCGAAUUUCCAAUUCCAACCUACAUUUUGGGUCCUGCAAAUCCACGCUACAGCUAUCUCUAUCCCGAAGAGUCGAUUGAAUUCUCUUCAAAUCUAACAUAUCUUGGGAAGAAAGGACUUUUAAAUACUGCAUCUGGAUUACAAAUUGCAUAUUUGAGUGGAGUUGAAGGAUCCUCCAAAGAUCUCAGUUGUUUCGAUAAAGCCGACGUCGAAGAACUAUUAAUCCCGUUAGGAACUCAAGUUGGAUUCUCUGGGACCGACAUUCUACUCACAUCCGUUUGGCCAGCAGACAUAGCACGUCAUUCACACAAUCAACCAUCUAAACCACAACCAGGAUCUGUUUUAUUAUCAAAAUUGGCUGCUCACUUGAAACCGCGAUACCAUUUUGCGGGUCUUGGAGUUCAUUACGAAAGGCAGCCAUAUCGAAAUCAUCGUGUGCUUUUAGAACCAGCAAGGCAUACAACACGUUUUAUAGGACUGGCUGCGAUCGGGAAUCCAGAGAAGCAAAAAUGGCUUUAUGCUUGUAAUGUGAAACCAAUGCGAAAAAUGGAGAAAGAAGAGCUCACGGCGCAGCCACCGAAUGCAUCGGAAUUCCCAUAUCGAGAAUUGCUGGAAGAGAUUGCUGCAAAAGAAACCCUCAGUAGAAUGAACGGAAACGGACAACGACCCGAAGGUUCGCAAUAUCGAUUUGAAAUGGGAGGUGCUGAGGAUGGAGCUGGAAAUGGAAGAAAGAGACAUAAUGAUGGAGGAAACGAUGGACCACGAAACAAGCAACCAGUUGGACCAUGUUGGUUCUGUUUAUCGAAUGUAGACGCCGAAAAGCAUUUGGUGGUCGCCAUUGGAAAUAAAUGCUACGCAGCCAUGCCGAAAGGACCACUCACUGAAGAUCACGUUAUGGUUCUAUCUGUUGGACAUAUUCAAUCACAAGUUUCUGCUCCAGUUGAAGUUCGUGAUGAGAUUGAAAAGUUCAAGAGUGCGUUCACAUUGAUGGCGAAUAAGCAAGGAAAAGCAUUGGUCACGUUUGAACGUAAUUUCCGCACACAACAUUUGCAAGUUCAAAUGGUUAUGAUCGAUAAAUCAUCUUCGAAAGCAUUGAAAUCAUCGUUUACAACUGCUGCUGCUUGUGCUGGUUUCGAGUUGGUCACAAUGGGUCCUGAUGAAAGUCUUCUCGACAUGGUCAAUGAAGGAUGUCCAUACUUUGUCGCAGAGCUUCCUGAUGGAUCAAAGCUUUUCACUAGAAGUAUGAAAGGAUUCCCAUUGCAUUUCGGACGUGAAGUUCUUGCUUCUACACCUAUUCUGGAUUGUGAAGACAAAGUUGAUUGGAAAGCUUGUGUACUCGCGAAAGAGAAGGAAGUCGAACUGGUCAAUAAACUGAAAUCUGAUUUCAAACCUUUUGACUUCACUGCUGAAGAUGACUCCGACUAAUCAAGGAUUUUAAUUUUUACGAUCUGUUAUUUAUUUUAUUGCUUUUCUAAAUAUUUAUUAACUUAAUUCCUCUCUUUUUGCUUGUUUUCUUGUGAAAAACUUUAAGAUCAGUUUAUGAAGAAGAAGAAUUUUAAUGCACACGAAAAUGUUAUUUGAAAAAAAAAUUACUCUCAAUUUGAAGGAAAUUGGAUAAAUAUGUGAAAAGAC